UCGACACGUGGUACAGAUACGUAUAGUUAGCAGAUUAUUUUACUAUUAGCAUCUGGAGAAUGCUUCGACGACUAUUCGUACCAAUUUGCCUCACAAUUCUGAUGUUUAAAGACGCCUUCUCAAUAUCAAUACGUGUGAGUACUGGCUCUGACGUCAUUCUUUCAUCUGCCAAUCAAACGAUAACAAGAGCAAGAGGGUUUACCAACUUUUCUGUAAUACCAGUCGGCAUUCAGGCGUCCGGUCUUUCUUCGUGCUAUUGGAACUACAGUAGUUCAACAAUAAGUAUGUUUGAUGAAUCCAUAGGGUGUCAGAACUUUUCGUCCUCUAACGUUUCGUUUACUUGCAAUAUUAAUAAUAAUGGAAAUAUACAAUCUACGUUGACGCUGCAUUCGCCCCUUACGCAAAACUUUACGUUGAGUCUCCGUUGUUUCUCUUCGCCCAACUACGACUUGAGAGUAAUUGUAAAAGAAUGCGAUAGUAGUACAACAUUACCGUUUGGAUCAAAACCAGCCCCACACGCCUAUGGUGCAUGUGGUUACAACUGCAAAAGACAAAUACAAUGCAUUCAGGGAUACACAGGGACUCCAGUUACUUCAACAUGUACAUAUAAUGCAACGUGGUCACAACUUCCAAACUGCAGCAUAGAUCACUGUUCCGGGCAAACUAUCUGUGGGGAAAACACUAUAUGUUUAAAUGUUCCAAACAAAAAUGUGGGCUACACUUGCAAGUGCAAAGCGGGAUAUGUGUUUGUGGGCGAUGGUGUUAAGUGCGCAGACAUAGAUGAAUGCCAGAUUGAUAAAUGUCACCCUAUGGCAAAUUGCACUAACAUGCCAGGGAGUUAUAACUGCACAUGUUUUGCUGGUUUUACUGGAGAUGGCUUCACGUGUACUGACAUUAAUGAGUGUGUUGUAGACCCCACGAUUUGCCUCAAUUCAGAGUGUAAUAAUACUAUAGGAAGCUACAUUUGCUCUGGUUGCCGCAAAGGUUUUGCUAAUAAUGGUUUCAGUGUAUGUGUUGACAUCAAUGAAUGCAUUUCUAACCCUUGCCCAGUUAACACAAUGUGCAGUAACACAGUGGGGAGUUUUAUUUGUCAAUGCAAUCCUGGUUUUAUUAUAGGAACCAAUAGUACCUGCAUACUCAAUGAAAACCCAUGUUUGGGAAAGAAUUGUGCAAGCAAUGCAACGUGCCAUGUUCUUGAAACUGCGUUAAUACCGGAAUCGUUUGACUAUGACUUUGGAAGUGGGGACAGAAUUGCGACUUGUAUCUGUGACCCUGGAUUUGGAGGCUUGGGAGAAAUUAGCUGCACAAAUACAUGUUCAUUUGCAUCUUUUAGUAUUGGUGGGGUGAUGGUUUCGUUUAAUUUCACUUUUACUUCCCUUACUGCUUAUUCAAAUGAAAGAUGUGCAUCGGGUUACCCCAUAGCUUCUAUUUUAUGCGGUGUACAAACCGAACCAGGCGGUGGAAGCACUGUUCAGUUUCUGGAGUCUUCUGUGUCUUUUACUGAUUGUAACUUUGCUAAUGACAUUCAAACUGCAAUAGAACAGGUUAACAUCACAAAUGUAACUGCAACCCAAAUUGAAGAGGUUUUAACUGAGUUGGAUCUAAUCACGUCAGUGCCUGAAAUUGUCAGCGACAACGACACAAACAAUGUGGUUAACUUUAUAUCAUCAGUUACCAUGCUUGCUGGUGAAGGGGACAUUCAGGUGACGGAAAACAUUUAUCAGAAAGUAGUUUCCAUAGCUGACCACAUAACUACAAAAAUACAACUAACAUCACCUGCUGGAUCAGAGACUUCUCUUUUAUCAUCACUUGAUUCCCUGGGUUUUCAAGUUGACGUUUCAACUACUCAAUUCAACUUUUUAACUGAAAAUAUUGUGGCCCAGGUACAAAAUCAGAGUGUUAUGAAUUCAGCAAGAUUUGAGCCAAUGAUAUACGAGAACAGCAGCUCAGGGAAUCUAAUUCAACCAAUAAGAGUUGACAUACCAGCAGUAGCAAUACAAGCUGCUCUUAACAAUCAAGGAAUUUCUCGUAAGCGCAGAGCAGCGGAAGAAAACACAAAACUUGUUUUUAUUCUCCAUAGAGAUUCUACCUUAUUUCAAAACAAGGAGAGAGCCAAUUGGGUUGCAAGUGCUACAGUGGGCAAUACUUCUGUUUCAGGGUUUUCCAAUGCAGUGAACAUCACACAUAGCACAGUUACUUUAAAAGUUGGGGAAUUUUUUGAUACCACAACUCAAAAAACCAUGUAUACGAACAACACCUGUGUGUUUUGGGACUUCGCGACAAAUUCUUGGUCCAAGGAAGGCUGUUGUUUGAUUGAAAACUCGGUGCCAGCUCAAUGUUCAUGCAACCAUCUCACUAACUUUGCUCUGCUAGUAAAUGUACAUGAAGUUCCGAAAGAUGCAGUUCUUACAACGGUUUCCAACACUGGAUGUGUCUUUUCCAUUGUCUUUUUAAUAAUCACUUUUGUAAUUCUGGUUUCUUUCAAAGAACUAAGAGAAAAAGCUCCCAAUGAGACAAUUAUUAACAUCAGCAUCAACCAAGCAUUGGUCUUCCUUGUCUUCAUCUUAGGAGUUGAUCUUCGGAGUAACACCAACAUCUGCAUCACGAGCACUGCGUUUCUUCAUUACUUUAACUUAACAACAUGGAUGUGGACAGCUGUGUAUGGAUACAUUCUCUUCACUGCUUUCGUAAAAAUUGUAAACAUAAGCAUAGUGCGUGUCACCAAAACAUUAUACUUUCUGUCAUAUGGAAUUCCUAUUUUCAUUGUUGGUGUAAACCUAGGCAUCACUCUACCACUGUCAAAAUCACCGGAGUACCCACCAAUAUGUGGAGCUGAAAUAACAGAACAACCAACAUCCGCAUUUCUUGCUGAGACUCACUGUUGGUUACAUGGAAUAUCCCUGUAUAUUUCCUUUUUACUCCCUGUAGGUCUUGUUCUGCUGCUAAAUAUUGUAAUAUUUUUUCUCGUUAUUCGAAAUAUAACUUGGAAUAGAAAGAGGGUUCAAUCAACAAUGCAAAAGCGAACUGCUGGGCAACAUUUACUUAUGGCAUGUACAUUGGCAGGCACGCUUGGUUUUGUAUGGGUACUUGGUUAUUUUAUGAUACUAUCUAAUGAUGACACUUUUAUUUUGGUCAUGAGUUGGGUUUUCACUAUAGCUGCAACUUUAGAAGGUGUUAGUAUUUUCUUUCUUGUAUGUGUGCGGCGAAAUGAUGUCCGUAAAUUAUGGUGGAAACCACUCCGCGACAACGUACUGCGACCUUUUGUUGGACCACUAAGAAGCUCACCUGUUACUGGGAGAUACCUUGUAACAAAAAGUAAAACCACAAAUGCUAAAACAGAAACUGGGUCAAAUGCUGAUAUAGCAACUGCGUCAAAUAUUGAAAUGUCAACUGGGACAAACGUUGAGACAGUAACUGCGUCAAACGUUGAAAUAUCAACUGGGACAAAUGCUGAGACAGUAACUGGCACUUCUAGAGCUGAAACUGUAAUUUGAGGGGAAGGUAUUCAAGCAUGACCACUUUUGUGUUGGAUUGACGGAGUUUAACACUGUGGCUCUUCUAAUGUAAAUGAUGCUACGAAAAUGCUUCUUCACAUAUUAACAUAAUCUAACUCAAUCGUUAAUUUUAAACAUUAAAAAUACAGGGUUUAAUAGUGUGUCUGAAAAUGUACUAUGGUUUACAAUAACAGGUACUUUUUAUUUGAAAUGCCUAGAAUAGGGUGCAAUUUACAUUUUUUCAUGACACUUUUUCAAAUUUUUUAUCGUUAUUUAAAAUGUUUUAGUCCCGCCUCAAAUGGUUGUUUACUACAGGUAUUUAAAUUGCUGUUGUUUUACUACUAUAUUAUUUUUUUUUAUGUAAAAAACAACAGAAAAACAUAUGUUAUUGGUAAAUAAAUCUUAUUUUCCUGAUGCUUAUUAUUUAAGGUAACAUUUUAACUUUACUAUCUUCUUUAAUCAUACACAAUAUUUCUAUAAACCUCUACUAUCUUAAUGUGUUUCUGAUCUAUUUUAUUAUUUAUACCCCAUACACAGAAA